AUGGCCAUUUCUCUAUCCCAAACUUUUCUUUCUAUCAAUCGCCGGCUCCAUGAUGAUCAUCGAGUUUUGCCAUAUGAAAAAUGUACUUCAAUUGCGUCGUUGUUGGAUCAGAAAUCUUGCAUUGGACGUAACAAAAGCUUGGAGUUUUCGACAAGAUCACCUAGGAUUCCUCGAGCUUUGUCCAAAACAAGUGAGCCAUUGUCCUCCAUCAACCAUGACUUCGAAAAGGAAAUUGAGCCUGUUAAACAAGAAGAAAGAUGUUUAGCCGAUGUAUGGAGAGAAAUCCAGGGCCAAGAUGAUUGGGUUGGGAUGUUGGAUCCAAUGGACCCUCUCUUACGCUCCGAGCUGAUUCGCUACGGCGAGAUGGCACAAGCCGCUUACGACGCUUUCGAUUUCGACCCCUUUUCCAAGUACUGUGGGAGUUGCAGGUUCACGCGUCGGCAGUUCUUUGAUGCUCUAGGCAUGGCACACCAUGGCUACCACAUCUCUAGGUACCUCUUCGCCACAUCCAACAUUAACCUUCCGAAUUUUUUCAAGAAAUCACGCUGGCCCAAAGUGUGGAGUAAGAAUGCGAAUUGGAUCGGAUAUGUUGCGGUGUCUGAUGACAAAAUGUCAAAGCGUUUAGGCCGUCGGGACAUCACCAUUGCUUGGAGGGGCACGGUGACACGCCUAGAGUGGAUUGCAGAUUUGAUGGAUUUUCUCAAACCGAUUUCUUCCAACAAAAUUCCAUGCCCCGAUCCAAUGGUGAAAGUAGAAUCGGGUUUCCUUGAUCUCUACACUGAGAAGGAUGUGAAUUGCCGGUUCUGCAAGUUUUCAGCCAGGGAACAAAUUCUAACUGAAGUGAAGAAGUUGCUUGAACUGUACCAAGAUGAAGAGAUAAGCAUUACCAUAACUGGUCACAGUCUAGGCAGUGCCCUGGCGAUUCUCAGCGCCUAUGAUAUCGUUGAAACAGGUCUAAAUUUGUUAAAUGAUUGCAGAGCUGUGCCUGUUAGCGUGUUCUCGUUUUCGGGUCCUAGGGUUGGAAACGUGAGGUUCAAGGAACGGAUGGAAUCGCUGGGAGUUAAGGUGUUGAGGGUGGUGAAUGUGCAUGAUAUAGUCCCUAAAUCUCCAGGACUGUUUUUCAAUGAAAACGUGUCGCCUGUGUUGAUGAAGCUGGCUGAGGGAUUGCCUUGGAGUUACUCCCACGUCGGAGUUGAACUGUCCUUAGAUCAUACACACUCGCCAUUUUUGAAGCAGACUGGGGAUCUGACCUGUGCUCAUAACCUGGAAGCUCACUUGCACUUACUUGACGGAUACCAUGGGAAAGGCCGUAGAUUUGUACUGGCAAGCGGGAGGGACCCUGCUUUGGUGAACAAGGCCAGUGACUUUUUGAAAGACCAUUACUUGGUCCCCCCAUAUUGGAGGCAAGAUGAGAACAAGGGCAUGGUGAGGAACAAUGACGGUCGUUGGAUGCAACAGGAACGGCCUAUACUUGAUCAUCACCAUGAAGAUACCCACCACCAUCUCAAGCAAUUAGGUCAGGCAACUGAGCAUUAUAGUUAAAAGAUCAAAUCAUUAGCCAGUUUGCAUUAUCAUACUGCUAAUAUAAGUGAUGCAAUAGGUAGACCAAAGCAUCUAUUAUGGCAUCAUAGCAAACUGUAUAAAACAUAGAAGUUUCAUAGAUGAUAGAUGAUGUAUGGUUCUUCUUGUAUGAACAAAUACAUAGGUUGUACAGUGUCUCUCUGUUUCCUUGAACUAUUAUUUUAUUCGA